AUGCAAGGCCCUGCAGCAAAGAAGGAUGGCGAGCCUGCAUCAGUGCUGCUGGAACGCUCGCACAAAUUGAGUCAGCAAGUGGUUGUCCUGGAAGCAGAAAAUGUCGAGCUCCAGGAUUUAAACCGAUCCUUGGAGAAAGCCAGCAAGGAAGGGCGACAGAGGAUUCAACAGUUGGAGCUCGAGUGCCAGAAGCUUCGAGACUCUACGGUCUUCAUACAUCAAGAGAAGGAAGGGACCGUUCUCCAAGCUCGUGAGGCUGUGCAGUCCAAGCAAGCCGAGCUGAUGAUCGCACAGAAAAAGGUCUCUGAUGCCGAAAAGCGCCUGGAGACCUUUGCCUCCGAGAACCGUCGCUUGAACUCCAUUGCAGAGAAGCUUCAAGCUGAGCGGUCCCAGCUGCAACAUCAACUCCUCGGCUUCGAGGCCUCAACGAAGGCCUUGCACGUGGAGCUCCAGCAGCGCGCCGCAGCGGAGGGGAAGUCCGUGAACACCUGCAAGGACUUCAGCCAGCGCUUGGAGGCGAUGCGCCUUCAAAACACGCAGCUGGCAGAUCUGGCAGGCUUGCACCACCUUGAGAUGGCCCAGCUCACCCAGACGCGCGAGGAGCUGCGAAGCUGGCGCCAGCGCUCUGAAGACCUGGCAGCAGAGCUUGAGCAAGUGCGUCAAAACGGCGCCUGGCUGAGGGAUCGCCUGGCCGCCUCGGAUGCGGCCUGCAGCCAGUUGAAAGCAGAAGCAGCGCGCUGGCGCUACGCAGAAAAAGCGGCAGCGGCCAAUGGCCCGAGGUUGACAGAGGCGGUGCAGCGCGAGAGCGCUGUGGCCCAGAGCCUGCGCGAGCGGGUGGCGGAGUUGGAGGAUCAGGUCAUCAAGUCUCAGAGGGCCCAGAUGGCCUUGGAGGCCGAGCGUGAGAUCCUGCGCUCGCAGCUGGUUGCAGCCCAGUCCGAGGCCAAGCUGCACGCCGACGCAGCUUCGCGGCUGGCCGGAGAGAAGUCGCAGGCUGAGCAGCUUGCAAAGCUUCAUCUUGCCCAGAAGCAGGAGGCGGAGCGAAGACGCGGCAUAUUGGAAAAUGACCAUCUUCCAAAGCUGAUUGCCCGACAGCAGGCUGCGACCUCGGAUGUGGGUGAACUGCGCACUCGCAUCUCGCAGCUCGAAGCCGAGAAGUCGCUUCUGACGGGCCAGCUCUCGGGAUCGGAGGUGCUUGUGGCAGGCCUUCGCGCGGAGUGUGCCAAUGCAAACGCUCGCCUGAUGCAACAGCGGCAGCACUACGAGAAUCCACGCCGCGGAGUCCCGCCAAGGGAGACCAUUGUGUUUCGCCCGAGUGGAGCUGUUCAUGACCUGGAACAGAGCUUCCUGGAUCUGGGGGGCGGUGAGCAAAAAGCAGCUUCCGCGUCCGCGCACUUCCGUUGCUUAUGA